AUGACAUGCAGCCAUAUUUGACUGUAUUCAUCAAGCCCUUCCCCCCUUCAGCAUCUUCAGCAGGACAGUGAAGAAAGCUGGAGCGGGACAACGGAUGCCAAUCGAAAGGAGACUUUACCGAAGAUGGCCUCGCCAAGAACAAUAACCAUUGUCGCCCUUUCCUUUGCACUGGGUCUCUUCUUCGUCUUCAUGGGUACAAUUAAACUCACACCAAGGUUAAGCAAAGAUGCAUACAGUGAAAUGAAAAGAGCGUACAAGAGCUAUGCAAAGGCCCUUCCAGCGCUGAAAAAAAUUGGCGUUUCUUCUGUACUUCUACGCAAGAUUAUUGGUACUCUUGAGGUGGGAUGUGGAAUUGUUCUGACCCUCGUGCCAGGGAGACCAAAAGACGUGGCCAACUUUAUUCUGCUACUGGUCAUGCUGGCAGUGCUUUUCUUCCACCAGCUGGUUGGAGAUCCUCUAAAACGCUAUGCCCAUGCCUUGGUAUUUGGUAUUUUGCUAACGUGUCGGCUGCUCAUUGCUCGUCAGGGCGAGGAACGGCCUGAGAGGGAGGAGAGACGGGAAGAGCAGAUCACUGCCCAGGAAAAGAACAAAGUCAAAGUUUCUUAGCUCCACAAUUUCACAAAAAGCGCCUGGCAGCAGAUCUGUUUCUCUGGAUAGUAGAAAAGGCGCUUGGGGGGAAAAAAAGACAGUAGUCCCAAAAGGUGAUUUAUGUCCCACAGCUACAUAUCGGCAGCCUGAAAACCAGAUGUUAUGUUAUCUUUACCUCAUGUCUCACUGGUAAAACUUCUUAUUGAAAAUAUAAAUAUUCAGUUUGGAUAAUCACCAUUGUGGCAACUGUUUUUGCAACAAAAGAUUUAACUACUGUUAUUCCCUGCUGUAUUUAUUAUUAUUAUUACUAUUAUUAUUUUGACCCUGCAUUGAACAAUAUCCUAAAUACCACUUUUAAGAUUAUACUGUGAUACAGGAAAGUUCAAAUGUCAAAUUUUUGUGAUGCUUUAUUUACUUAUGAACUACUGUUGAUGAAUACUAUACAAAACUUGUUCUGUUUACAAUAAGAUUGAUUUUUUUAAAUUAAGAAAUGCUGUACAUCAUUUGUUAAAAGGUUAGAGUGAGAUGGAAGACGGUAGCUUUUCUGUUGCCUCAAAAUCUACAAACAUCAAAAAUGAAAAUAUAAAAGCAGUUUGUUCAGAUACAUAUAAUUUCUGCAUUUAUUAAUCUUACUGUGUUUUUUUUUAGAUUACAUAUAAUAUUUCUUUGUUUGCUUUAUUGCUUUUAUUAAAUUUGGUUUUCUAGUUUGACUUUUGAAAUACACAGUCCAAUAAAAAUCAUAUCCCUGGAUCUUCUUAUGGUUGCUUUCUCCUUUUAAGUCAUAGAACUACCACAUUGUUUUACUUUUUUAUCUACUGUAUUUUCUUUACAUGAAUUUGUUUCUUUACUGUUGGAAACCCAGCACUGCUCAUUUGAGGUGUCUUACUAAUUUUACAUACUCAAUUCAGGAUAUGCAUCACUGCUAAUAAACUUAUGAGAUGAAACAGGUGUGUCAAAUAGUGAUACAUUCAAAAUGCACAGUGCUGGAAGGAGUAGAAUUAAGAAACUUGUCUGAUAUGUUUGGAUGUGUACUGAUAAUUUGCUGUUUGUAACUGAGUAAAAAUACUUAACAGAGAACAUGACCUGUGUCUAAACCUUUACCAGAAUGCCCAGCUAGUUCAUGAACUGAAUUGUGCAUUCUUAGUUUACACAGAAUGGGUCGUAUUACACUUUGACAGUGAGGUAAAAAAAAUGAUGUUUGUGCAUGCAGAUGCUGACAAUAAAACCUCUAUGCAGUUUAUCAUGGAGUUUGGUGACAGUAUUAAAAAACAUCACUUGUGA